CCUCCCGGGACCCGGGGCGGGGGUGGGGGCGGGGAGGGACCGGGGGCCCGCGCCCCCGCUCACCCCUGCCCCCGCCGGCAUGAGCCCCUCGCCGUGACCCCCGCGGGGGGGAGGGCGCCGGGGGUCCAUGCGCGCAGCCUCCGCGCUGCCCGGCGCCGGCCACUGACGGCGGCGGGGGUGGGGGGGCCGGGCCCCCGGUCUCCCGCCCCACCCCCUGGCGUCCGCACCGCGGCCCGUCGGGGGCCGCUGCCCCGGGCUGCGCCCGCCCCGCCGGCCAGGCCCUGGAGGGACCCGGGAGCUGCCGCCGGCAUCAGCCCAUGGCCCGGAGGUCUCUCUCCCCAUGCUCUCUCACCUCCUGCCUCCCCUCCUGGCUCCGGGAGGAGCUGGGAGUUACAUCAGCUGACCCCUGACCCUUAGACCUGAGAUCUGGGUCAUCUCUCUCCUCUGGACCCUUCUGCCCACACAUCGAGAAUCUGGGAGGGGACAUUUUUCACAGGCCAGGCAUAUAAGAGAAGACCCUGGGACAGGGCCUUCAGCUCCACCCCAGCCCCAUGGGACGUCCGAGGUCCAAAGCUGGCAGGGCUCAGACACGGAGAAUGGAAGGGCUGGCUCUGGGGGCAGGGAGGGGCCUCUCCUGGGUGCCAGGGUAGGGAGCUUUCCUGAUGCCUCCUUGGGGAUCUCCCCCUCUCGCCUCCCCCCAGUAUGAUGAGCUGCCCCACUACCCAGGCAUCGUGGACAGCACCGCAGCCCUGGCUGGCUUCUCAGAGGCAGUGGCCUCGGCACCGAGAGCCCCGGGGCCCUAUGGCCCCCACCGGCCUCCCCAACCCCAGCCCCCGGGCUUGGACAGUGAUGGCCUGAGGAGAGAGAAGGAUGAGAUCUACGGACACCCGCUCUUCCCACUGCUGGCCCUGGUCUUUGAGAAAUGCGAACUGGCCACGUGCUCGCCCCGCGACGGGGCCGGGGCUGGGGUGGGCGCACCUCCAGGCGGUGACGUGUGCUCCUCUGAUUCCUUCAACGAGGACAUCGCUGCCUUUGCCAAGCAGGUCCGCUCUGAGAGGCCUCUCUUCUCUUCCAAUCCGGAGCUGGACAAUCUGAUGAUACAGGCCAUUCAGGUGCUCCGCUUCCACCUGCUGGAGCUGGAGAAGGUCCACGACCUGUGCGACAACUUCUGUCACCGCUACAUCACCUGCCUCAAGGGAAAGAUGCCCAUCGACCUGGUCAUCGAGGAUCGGGAUGGCGGCUGCAGGGAGGACCUCGAAGACUACCCGCCCUCCUGCCCCAGCCUCCCAGAUCAGAAUAAUGCAUGGAUUAGAGACCAUGAGGACAGCGGAUCUGUACAUUUGGGGACCCCGGGUCCAUCCAGUGGGGGCCUCGCCUCCCAGAGUGGGGACAACUCCAGCGACCAAGGAGACGGACUAGACACAAGUGUGGCCUCUCCAAGUUCUGGGGGAGAGGACGAGGAGCUGGACCAGGAGCGGCGGCGGAAUAAGAAGAGGGGGAUCUUCCCCAAGGUGGCUACCAAUAUCAUGAGAGCCUGGUUGUUUCAGCACCUCUCGCACCCAUACCCCUCGGAGGAGCAGAAGAAACAGCUGGCGCAGGACACGGGGCUCACCAUCCUGCAGGUCAACAACUGGUUCAUUAACGCCCGGAGACGCAUCGUGCAACCAAUGAUCGAUCAAUCCAACCGCACAGAGUGCAGCCUUCAGCCCAGAGGGCCAACCCAUGGGGGGCUACACGGAAGCUCAGCCACACAUGACUGUCAGGCCUCCAGGGUCGAUGGGGAUGAGUUUGAACCUAGAAGGAGAGUGGCAUUAUCUAUAGAUUCAGGACAAGUACCCCAGCGUCCGGACUGUGACCACCAGGCUCACACCUUGUUCCAGUCCCCACCUGGUUCCCGACUUCAGGACCCCACCUCCUAAGGCCCCCCAAUGCAAUGCCUACCUCCCUGGGGCCCUGCCGGGACACGGGGGCCUGAGCGCCCACUUGAGGGUCUCUCAAGGACAAAGACAAGGCCUUCAGGCCCUGCACCCUGCUUCUGCCCUCACCUCUGCCUGGAACCCAACCUGAGCUCCUGGGCCUGGGUCUUCAGAAGAUGGUGGCUGGGGGUCCCCCACCUCCAGGCUGCAGAAGAGACUGGCGGUGGGCUGGGGAGGUCAGGGAAGGAGGGUCAGCCGGAUCCGACAUUUGGGAGAGGUCCCCUGGUCCUCCUAGCCCACUCCCUGCCCUUCUCUCCCCCUACCUCCCUUCACUGAU